UAACUUCAAAAUCACUAACUAUCACUUUUAAAUUAACACAGUAACGUCGUAGUCACUAAUUAUCACUCCAAUUAGUUUUUAAACUACCACCUAUCACUCCUAAACUAUUAUAGUAACAUACAGGUACUAUCACUCCUAAACUACCAUAGUACCUUCCUACCUCCAAAUUAUCCCUCCCAAACUACCAUAGUACCAUCUUUAUCACUAACUAUCCCUCCUAAAUUAAUUUAAUGACAUUAUAAUCACUAACUAUCACUCCUAAAUUAACACAGUGACGUCAGAGUCACUAACUAUCACUCCAAUUACCUUUUAAACUACCAACUAUCACUUCUAAACUACCAUAGUACCUUCCUACCUCCAAACUAUCCCUCCCAAACUACCAUAGUACCAUCUUUAUCACUAACUAUCCCUCCUAAAUUACCCAAACUACCACCCCACCUCCCAAACUACCAUAGUACCACUCAAAUCUAACAUCUUGCAACCAACCUUUAGUGCUCUAGUGUCUCAAAAGUGUCAAGUGCAAUGACAGUCAACUGACCACCUAUCGUACCACCAGCAGCAUCACGAUGUCAUCAGGAGCUAUCAUCCUCUUGCUCUCCACGAUCAGCUUGACCACCCUCGCCAGAUCGGACCCGUUAGUAAUAGAAACAACCAGCGGUCUGAUCCGCGGAACCUCCAAGACAGUAUUGGACCAUGAAGUCCACGUGUUUCUCGGAGUUCCCUUCGCCAAGCCUCCAAUUGGUCCCUUGCGGUUCCGCAAGCCGCUGCCAAUGGACCCUUGGCACGGCGUGCUGAACACGACCAGCCUGAGCAACAGCUGCUUCCAGGAGCGGUACGAGUACUUCCCAGGGUUUGAAGGUGAAGAAAUGUGGAACCCUAAUACCAAUGUGUCGGAAGAUUGCUUGUACCUGAAUAUCUGGGUGCCCCAGAAGUACAGAUUAAGGCACAAGGAGACCCCGGAGGACCACCGGGGGAUGCCACUGCUGGUCUGGAUUUAUGGGGGAGGGUACAUGACUGGAACCGCGACCUUGGACGUGUAUGACGCGGAUUUAAUGGCGGUCACCAGCAACGCUAUCAUUGCCUCGAUCCAGUACCGGGUUGGCGCUUUUGGGUUCCUUUAUUUAAACAAGUACUUCGGCUCCAGUGAGGAGGCUCCGGGGAAUAUGGGCCUGUGGGACCAGGCCCUGGCUCUCAAGUGGCUCAAGGCCAACGCCAAAUCCUUCGGAGGCGACCCCGACGCCAUCACUAUCUUCGGAGAGAGCGCUGGAGGCGGCUCCGUUUCCCUCCACCUAAUUAGUCCCGUCACUAGGGGCCUUGUUAGGAGGGGCGUGCUUCAGAGUGGGACUCUAAAUGCACCCUGGAGCUUCAUGACCGCUGAAAAGGCCACAGAUGUCGCCAGGGUGCUUGUUGAUGACUGCGGAUGCAAUUCUACGAUGUUGGUGGAUAAUCCUGCUAGAGUUAUGGCGUGUCUCAGGUCCGUUGAUGCCAAGACUAUCAGUGUUCAGCAGUGGAACAGCUACUGGGGAAUUCUGGGGUUCCCUUCUGCGCCGACUAUUGAUGGAAUUUUUCUACCGAAAGCGCCACUGGAACUGCUCAAGGAGGCUGAUUUUAAGGAGACGGAAAUCUUGAUUGGGAAUAAUCUGAAUGAAGGAACGUACUUCAUUUUGUACGACUUUAUCGAUUACUUUGAGAAGGACCAGCCGAGCUUUUUGCAACGAGAAAAAUUCCUGAGCAUCAUAAACACUAUUUUUAAAAAUAUGACUGAGGUCGAGAGGGAAGCUAUUGCAUUUCAGUACACCGACUGGGAGCGGCCUAAAGAUGGUUACAGAUAUCAGAAAGCAAUAGCUGAUAUUGUUGGCGAUUAUUUUUUUAUAUGUCCGUCCACAUUGUUCGCUCAAUUGUUCGCCGAGCGCGGAAUGAAGGUCUACUAUUAUUUCUUCACCCAGAGAUCAAGUACGAAUUUAUGGGGGGAAUGGAUGGGCGUAGUCCACGGCGACGAAGUCGAGUAUGUUUUUGGACACCCCUUAAACACCUCCCUUAAAUACACCGAUAAAGAGCGUGAACUGUCCAUGAAAAUAAUAUCCGCAUUCUCAAACUUCGCCUUCACAGGAAAACCGACAGAGGGCGACAAUUGGCCAGCUUACACUCGCGACGAACCUCAGUACUAUAUUUUCAAUGCUGAAAAAUCGGGACUGGGAACCGGGCCCCGAUUGCCGGCUUGCGCUUUUUGGAAUGAAUUUUUGCCGAGAUUGGAAGGAAUACCAGAUCCAUCCCCGGAGGCGUGCAACGGCGCAAUAGCGUCGAGCGUAUCAGCAGGAGCGCAAGAAUUGCGCUCAAAAUUGCUCCUAAUGCUCGCGCUGAUCAUGAUCACUGGCAUCAUUUAGGUCCUAGGACCUAAAAAAUAAAUUAGAGACAGAAAAUUAAUAAAAAUAAAAUGAAUAUUGAAUUAAGGUCGAAUGACUUAGCAAAAGAUUAAUUAAAAAAUCAUCACGGCUGAUGAUUAUUGACGAUGAUGGUCAAGAUGGAGGUAGGAUUUGACGUGAAGGUUCACACCUUAGGUUAGGUUAGCUUAGGCGCUAGGAAAAAAAAACGAUAAAUAUAAAAAUAUUUUUUAAAUAAAUAAUGCCUAAUAUAAUGAUUAAUUAAUUAAGUGACAAUGAUAUCAUGUUCUAAAGAAUUAAUCGCUUUUAAUUGAUCGGUUAGGAUAAUUAAAAGCGUAACUUGAAUCUUCCAUUUGGUACAUAUCACCUAAAACAAGUAAUGUUACGAGUAAUUUAUGUAGAUUAGGUUCAUUUCAUCAUUUUUAUUGA